AUGACGAAAGUCGGAUCCUGCAGCUCUGAGCGCGCAUGCGCUGACCUUUGGCGAGACUUGAGCUCAGACCCUCUUGCUGUAGACAGUCCUGCUGUUGACAGUGUUUUCGGGGAAGCUUCGAUGCCUGCCCCUGUCGACGGGGAUUCAACGCCUUUCCUUACUCAGCCAUCAAAGCACGAUUUCAGUAGAACGUCAUUUAGUGGACCCGGUGACCACGAGACAGCCGUCGAAGUAACAGGAAUGGACGCGCCUUUCAGCAAUCGCCGAAUCUCGCCUCUUCGCUCCCUCCCACGUGGGCAAAAGCGACUUGAACCGAAGCAAGCUCGCGCCGGCCUGGACUUCCAGAAACUAGAAGCGCUCGAGGAAAGGAAGCUGAAGAGGUUGAGAGUCUCGGGGUUCCAACAACUCGACGGCGGUUCCCAAGUUCUUCUGCUGGCGGUGCGCAGCCGGGCUGUGCACAGUGGGCAAAAGUCAGCGCUCCUUGGAGACUUGCAAACGAAAGCCAAGAGGCGGAAGGCAAGAGGGCUCCAUGUCCGAGUUCGCGUUCCAUCUUGCCGUUCGUCGCCGUCGCCGCGCGAGUCUCAAAUCCGAGAGUCGUCCUAUUCGAGCUCGCCGUCAUCCUCUCCGCUCUCUGCUGUCUCCCUCGCCUCUUCCUCCUCUUCGCCCUCCUCUUCGUCCUCCUCACUAUCCUCAUUUUCGCCGUCUUCCUGGUUUUCGCCUUCUCACUGCUUCUUGAGACGCUCUCGACAGCGAGAUCACAGCGAAGAUCACCGUGAAAAAGAGGGACUUGCUGCCUCAAGGCAGCCGAGGCAUCCCGCUUGCCGAGCGCGCGCACAGCGCGAGCCUGCCUCCGGCGCCGGCGCGUCUGCCGCCCCCGAUCCCCUCGGAGCGAAGCUUGAAUACUUCCCUCUCGUGGCGUCUUCGUCUCCUUUGCCUUCGCUUCCGCCGGAAUCGACCUUGAAGCCCGGAGCCUUCCGCGAGCAGGCGCCAGAAGGAGACUCCGGAGAAUCGCCCCUCUGGCGCUCCAGGCCGGUAACACGCGAUUCCGCGCGGCCCUCUCACACAGCGGACGAGACGAAAUAUGCGGAAAGGAAUCCAAUGGGUCGGCGCACAUCGCCACGAUGCUCGUCAAAUGAAGAGGGCUGGAGUCUCUGCGGACGUGCCUCGGACCCUCGAGGUGAUGAGCAGACUACCCUCGCGGGCUCUCGCAGUUCUUCAGGCGCUUCUUUGUCGUUCCGCCACGGCCAGGCGCACAGCGCAGACAGCGGGAAACCUCGGCAGAAGGCAUCAAAAGAGAGUCCCUCCGCUGUCUACUCUUCUGCGUCGACUCCUGCCUCUCCCUCGCUCUCUCUGAAGGAUGCACGCGAAGACUGUCGUGCCUCUGAGGAAGGCCGCGAGCGGGUCGAUGACCCCUGCGGAAGGCCUUUUGCUGACUCAACUCCCCAGCAUCCUCGCUGCCACGAUACUUCGACAGGAGGAGGCCGUUCUCGCGUUGCCGCCUCCGCGCGUCACCACCCUUCCGUUUGCGCCUCGUCGCCGUUGUCUCCUCGCACGUCCUCCGCCGGCUCUUUGACUCUUCAAGCAUCGUGUGGCUCUGAGAACGAGUUCGAGGCAGGCGGCGCGGAGCGUCUUCAUUCGCGUAGUGAGCAGCGGGGAAGGGCAAAGACGUACAGCCAGAGUGAAGAGACUCGACUGCGAGGGCAGGAGGCAGAAGGAAGCCAGGAGGACGCACGCGCGGAACGCGAUGAAGACGCUCUGCUUUUGAGUUUUCUCUUCAUUGACGCGCCUUCGCCUUCUCGCCCUUCGCGUCUCCGCUCGCCUACAGGGGGUGGGCGAGGCGCCGGCUUGUCCGCCCGGCUUUCUUGUCUGAGUCGCAGUCCAAAAUGCGAACACGGCGUCACGCUACCUGAAAGCCAACGGCAGCAUAAAACCCCUCCGCAGCCGGAGGCGGCUGGCCUCUACGGCGCGAGUGCGUUCUCGGCUUCAGACGAGGUUUUGCGUCGCGAUUGUUCGAUGGGAAAGCUGAGCGAAGAAGAAAUAAAGACGCCGUUGUCUCUUCAGUCGGUGGAGGCGGCUGUCGCGCUGCGUACGCACAAGGAAGGGCGCGCGGCGGCGGAGACACACAUCCCUCCGCGUGAGCUUUGCAAAGGAGAAAAUCAGUGGAUUACCGAACAGUGUACAGACGCCAGCGACAAGCGGCCACGUGACCUGUCCUCCACGCAGACUGAGCAGCAAGGUGGCUCAACAGACAGUUUUUUUGCUUCUGCCGCCGAAAGCGAGACUUCUUCUUCCUCCUUCUACGCCUGUGUGUAUCCACUGCCCUACUCUGCGAUGUCGUCCGCCUCUCCGCUCUCACCAGUAUCAUCCGAUGCCUCGCUUACGCACGCCCUCCCUUCUGUCUCGUCCCUCUCCCUCCUCCCGUUUGCCCUUCCCAGCGCUGUAGAGUUCCUGCAUUCUCACCGCGACCUCCACAGCGCUCGGCGACGUCGCCGAAGGGAGGAAGAAGCUUCCUCUGCGCGUUCGCCUCCCAGCCGCCUCCCGCAGAAUCCUCAGCGCGACACCAAGAGGGCAAGAGGCGACUUGGCGUGUUCAUCGUCUUCCUCGUCUGCGUCUCGCGCCUCGGCGUCUACCGCCUCAUCCGCUUCGCUCGCUGCCUCAUCUCCGCCCUCGUCGGCCUCCUCGGCUGACUCGGCUGCCCCCUCCGCGCAGGCCUUUGCCCCUAGCGCCAACUCGCCUCAGCCUCCGGAAGCUGCCUCAGCGGGACGAGGCUCCGCUGCGCCGAGCGCCGCAGCCGCCAGGAAGCAUCCGCGGAGAGCCACUGAAGCAGCGCGGCGCGAGGCGCACACAGCGAGUCGAGGCGGCGGCGGAGACGCUGGGGAGCCAUUCCGCCAGUCGCCCGCGACACGACCUCAAGUGUGGAAAGGACUGGGGUGGCUCAACGCGGCAGCGCGCAGCGACGCGACCUUCCCCGCGUCCUCCCCCUCCGUCGCCGCCCACGCGGCUCCCUCUUGGGCCUUUCAGUCGUCCCCCGGGGCCGCGUCAAGCGCCCCGCGGUCAGGGAGGGCGUCGCUUUGUCGCGUCGCUUCCUCGGCCGGGGGAGACGACGACCUUGAAGGCGCGCACGCUGCUGCAGACUUCCAGGUGCAGCGCACGGCCUCUCUCUCGCUCUGCGGACAGGAGAGGCUGCGCGCCGUUUCCUCUUCUAGCCGAUCGUCCGCCGCGCUGGCGUGCGCGGUUCCGGAGGCUCCCUCGGGGUCUGCGUCUGCUUUCUUUGCCGCUUCGGCAGCUGCGCCCGUGCCGGCGUCUGCAUCGGGGGAUGCUUCGCCGCCUCCAGCUCAGGGCCGCAUGGCGCGCCCGCCUUCUCCAGCACCACGCUCGUCGUGCGGUAGACAAGGCGGCGACGCAUCGCAGCAAGCCCCCGUUCCCGACUCCACUCUUUCUUUCCACGUCUCUCCUCCGCCUGGCGCCUGCGUGCUGGUCCCUGCUGUCGCGGCGCCCUCGUCGAUCUACUCGCCAGCUCUUCCGUCUCAUGCUCAACUCGAGUCCGCCGCGACGCCUGCGGCCCCCGCCUCGCAGCAGCCCAUUCUCGCAGGCUCUCCUGUCCGCUCUGGCGUCGCCUCGCGUGCGCAGGCGUCCAGCCUCAACCCGUGCAUCGAAGGCCUUCGCCAGCAUGACGCGUCGCGCCCGUUCGCGCCUUGGAGUCACCCGGCCGCCUCUGCGUUCUUCUGUGCGUCGCCGCCGCCCUCGCCGGCGCCCGAGGCCCCUCGCGCCCGCGACCGCGACUGGCAGUCUACCCUUUGCUCGACCUACACGGCCCUCCGGCUGCUGUCGCCGCGCACGCUCCGCUCGCUGCUGCACUGCCUCGUCUCCCCCGCGGGCCCAGGCUCUCACGCGCCCGCGGACGGCGACCGGCUGCGCGGUGAAGCGAAUCAACAAAUGGAUUCACAAUCGCAGCGCGCCGCUGAGGGAGCCGCGCGGAACGGCGCGAAGCCAACCGCACACGCGGCGCGGGAGCCACCGGCGGACGCGUGGCCCGUAAGAGGCAUCGCGGCCUUCGGAUCGAGCGCAGAGGCGCCCGGCGCGAGCGGGGGGGAGGCCGCUGCAGCGAGCGCGGGUCGCAAGGAGGAGAGGGAACGCGAAAAGGCAAGUCAGAAGGGCGCAGCUGGGCUGACGCAAUGUACGGCUCUCGGCAAGGCCGCCUUCCUCUCUCCAGGCGCAGGACGCCGACUCGACUGCGUCGUAGGCACGCGUUCGCAGCCCAGCGAAGGAACCCGAGUGUGCUUCUCGUCUCGCUUCUCGUCACUAUCUCCUUCCCUCUCUGGGUCGCUCCACGGGCUCGCCUCCGCCUCGCCCCUCCUCGCCAGAGAACGCUCUUCUUCCGCUCCAGUCGCUUCGCCAUUGACGAGCUUUGCCUUCUCCGCAGGCGCUGCCUCGGAGCUGUCCUCUUCUUCUUCUGGCGGCUCUCUCCCCUCGACGCCCAGUCCCCCUGACGGCCGAGUAUGCGCUCUGCGGUGCCCGUCCGCCGCGGAAAAAGGAAAUGCAGUGGAAAAGGGACUCGCAGCUCCGCCCGAUGCCCCCGGGGCCUGCGCGGGCCUCCAGACGCCUCAUCUUGGGCUUCCGCCGGCCCACCUCGAUGGAGACAGACGAGUCGGUUUUCCCUUCUCUUCCUCCCCGAUGCGACCCGAUGCCGCUGCGAUGCCUUGCCGCGCGGACGAUGAACGCGCCUGCGAGAUGAAGCUCGAAGCCUUCUCGUCGGAAGGGUCGAAGAGGAAUCUGGAGUUCUCUGCAGACGAGGGCGACUUCAGCGCUGGCGAGAGGCAGCCUCAUCAACGCAGCGGCAGCGCGCAACGAGACGAGAAAGCUGCAGUGGCGGGGAAGGCUGAGAGAGAGCGCGUAGGGAGAUCGGGAGCAGGCGAAUGCGCGAACGACGCGAGAGAGGGCGGCGCAGCGUGCGUUAACGCAGAGGUGCCUGAGAGAGAGCGAGGGGGGGCGCUGCUGCUGCGGAGCGAAGACGAAUCACAAGCAGAAGCAGUCACGGGCAAGCAGCGACAGCACGGCAACGAUAGCGGAGACAGUCCAGGAGGCGAGAGGGAAAAAGGUGAAAUGCAGAGCCUGGGGACUGGUGGAAAAGCGGACAGGGAUCCAGGGGCUCGUGGCGAGGACGGGCUGGGGGCCUCGACAAGGAGGCACGAAGAGAACCGCCAAGAGGCCGGCGCGGGACCGAUGUCCAUCGCGGUCAAGCGAGACACAGGCAAAGGUGCAGGCGGAGACGAAAAGACGAUUCUUCAAAACUGUCAGCCCCUUCUCCUCUUUCUUCUUCAGCAGGCUCAAAAGGAAAUGCGUGCGCAGCGAGACCGGCACCGCCAUCCUGUCUCGAACGCUGAACUCUCCGCAAAAAGCCAGAGGAGCCAAUACUGCCUCUCAGGCACUACCGAGAUAGCAGCCCCAGCUGCCGCGUCUCUCUUGCCUUCUCUUUCUCCCGAUGUCGCCUCUUCGAUUUCCUCCUCUUUGGCCCCCUCCCUGUCAGCUUCGCUCCUUCCUCUGCCCUCGUCAGCGCCUUCCAGGCUCCUGGACUCGCCUCCCGGCGCUGCCAUCCCUCCCCCCGCAACCAGCUCUGUGCAGGCUUCGGCCGUUCACCUUCUUUCUCCCUCCGGCGCGCCUGCGGCUCCGCCGUGCCCGGUGCUUUCGUCUUAUAUUCGGGGGCCAGGCGAACUGGAAGCGAGCGGCACAGCCCUGGCCUCGCGUCGUCGUCUGGCGCUCCUCUCAGACCAGAGGCGCCCCUGUUGGAGUCUGGCGCCUGCUGCGGCUCCUGCGCCGUCUCUCUCUGCGGCGCUCGCACCCUCUGCACGUCUCGGCUCGCAGCCUGCGUCGCUGGCAUGCGCGCCUCCUCUCUCGUCGCUUGCCACUCUCUGCUCAGGCCUUCAGCCUCAGCUGCCAGUCCCCGCGGCUGUGCCGUCUCCUCUGUUGCCAUUCGCCUCUCCGGGGUAUCUGUGGGGGUCGCAUCGCCUGUUUCGGCCGCCUGGCGUGGGGUCGCCACUCCCGGUCCCCUCCGCCGCGGGGUUUGCGCCGUCCGCCUGCCAGCUGCCUUCGCAGGCCCUCUCGCCGUCUUGCCUGUCGGCGUUUGCGGCGUCUGCGGCGUAUCCUCCAGGCUCCCUCGAGUCGCCGCCGUCGCUGGCGUCGCUCGCCGCAGUGCCUCGCGCUUUCCCGGCUUACUCGGCGACCGCCGCCUCCGCCUUCACGUCCCUCGCCUCCACGUUUACGCCGUCGCUCGCAGGCCUUCCAGAGGCGUGCGCGCCGCACUUUCUGAACGCGCCGCUGGCGGGGACGCGGCGCCUGCAGGUCUGUGCGCAUCCGCGCAGCGGAGGCCGCAAGAGAGAUGUCUACAGAAGAAGCAAAGUCGAGCCUCCCGAGGCCGCUCCACAAACCGACGGGCUUGCUGGGCGAUCUGAUUCCGAGCCGCCGCGCGCUGUGUCUCCUUCUGCGCCUCUGGGAUCCGUCGCCUCCGCUUCCGCCUGCUCUCCCCCCCUGACGCAGCUGUCUCCCUCCUGUCACUUUCGCCCCUCGCCCUUGGGGGCUCCGGACGCCGCUGCCUUGCGAGUGCUUCCGGCCUCUUCCGUUUCCUCUUGUGAAGUGUCCUACCUCUCCUAUUCAAGUUUUUCGUCUGCCGAUGCCGCGGGGCAGUUCCGAGCGGCGUGGUCUCUUCUUCCGCCUCCGCCUGGCGCCUUGGCUGAAGCUUCCACUGCCUCUUCUGCCUCGCGUCCUUCACCCUCGUGUGUCGGCGCUCCUUCGCCGCCGCUCGGCGCGUCGCCCUCCUACGCGUCCCCGUCCUCUGCGCCUCUGCGCGGUUCGAUGGCCGCCUUCGCUGUGCCGCCGAUGCUUCAGACGCCUCUUGCAUCUGCGCCUGCGGCACUGCAGGCGUUUUCUGCGCCUCUUGCGCCCGUCUCUUUCUGUCUGCCUUCCCCAUCCCUGCAGAGUUCAGCGGGAGCUUCGCUUGCCUCUCGCGUGGCACCUCUGCCUGCUUCGCGUUCUUCCCAUCCAGCUGUGUCUCGCGGCUCUGCACCAAGUCCUCAAUCUCCGGCCUCGUCGCGAUUCACGUCGACAGCCCCGUCUUCAGCCUCCACUCCGGAGGCGUCUCCUUGUCUCUUUUCGUCCGCCUCGCCAUCCGUUCGAGGAGGCGCCGCGAACCCCGCCCUCAGGGGCGCCGUGCGCGACGCCUCUCCAGCCCUUCUCGAGCAGAGUGCGCUGAGAAAACGCGGAAGACGGCGAAAAGAGAGGCAGGCGCUGUCGCCCUCCGCAUGCGUACAGGCUGGCGACCAGGCCUGUCUUGCUGAAGGGGCGCUCACACAAGUCAAACUCGCGAAAACGGCCGAGGACGCAGGGGCGGGCGAGGAGGAUCUGGUCCCGGGCGCGGGCUCAGCUGCGCGUUCUCUGCUGAAAAGUGGAGAGGUUUCGCCGCAUCUCUUGCCUUCUUCACUCCACGCUCAAGGCGCGUCUGCAGGAGGCCGGCGCGACCCCGAAACGCAAACGACCUCCUCGUUCUCUGAGGCCUCCUCGCUGUUCGCGUUCGCCUUUUCUUCCCAGCUGUUUUCAUCUUCUCGGUCGCAGCUGCCUCGCGAGUCGCCCUCGGCUGUCGCCGGCGCUGAGCCGCUGAAAGCCCUCGCGCCUCACAAACCCGGCGCUGCGGCCUGCAGCCACGUGCCUCGAAUCGGCUUUCCCCCCCCGCCACCCCUUGUUCAUUCGAGCUAUUCUACUUCUCUUUCUGAGUCUGUAUCGGUGGCGCCUCGCGGCUCGUCUCAGGCUGCUGCUUCGUCCGCUGCCUCUUCUGCUGCGGUCGAUGCGCUCGCGCCUUCCGCCUGCGAGGCCGCGUCCCGCUUGCGACUUCUGCCGCCGUUCAUGGGCUCUCACGGCUCCAGUCUGUCUCCCGCGCUCUCCUUCUCCUCCGCGUCGUCCUCCUCGCCCUCGCUCGCGCCGUCGUCUCCUGCUUCGCUCGCGUCUUCGCAAGGCGACUUUGCCGCAGUCUCGCUGGCGCUCGAGACCUUAAUCAGCGACGCAACUCCGGAGACGCGCGCGCAGUCCGCCUCAGCUGUCGCGGCGUCUGAUGCAGCGCCAGCCUCAGCCGCGACCCUCUCAUGGGGCGCGCAGGCACCAGGCGCGUGCGGGGAUUUUCCCCUCUCUGCAGGCUGCUCAAACGGCGAGCGGCGCCAGCAGGCGCGGCAGGAGGCAGCACACGCGGCACAGGACGCACAGGCUGCUACCGCCUCCUCGACAGCGAGUUUUGAUUCGCUUUCGCGCGCCUCCUCCUCCGCCCGCCGGGCUAGGGCGGGCGUCGUCCGGGGGCUCUCGCCGCGUCUCGGGGCGGUCGCACCCCCGCGAGACGGAAGCAGCCCCUGGCGGUCGCUGGCUGCUGCUUCAGGAAGGCUCGCGGCGCCGGCGCCCCCCGCGGCAACUGGCAGCCGCGCUGCCGAGCGGCGCGCCGGAGCAGGGCGAGUCGACGGACGCGAGCCGCCGUGGGCUACCCAGCUGCGCGAAGGCAGCGGGGAGAGAGACACGGACGCAGGCGGCGUGCGGCGAAGGAGCGCGUGCGCGAGGAUGUGUCGAGACACGCGCCAGAGAGGCUGGGCGAAAAGGCGAGCAUGCAGAGGCUGCGUGGCGAGGGGGAGGUGCGCGGGGUGA